CAACAACAACCCUCUCCGCCUCCCAUCCACUCCAUCAACAACGUUCUCACCUCCCUCCCUCCACAGUCCGACCCAACAAUCAGAUUGCAUGCAGCCCAAAUCUACCAACAUCCAUCAUUCGUUCAAUCAACCAUUCAACAACAUCAUCAUCAUCAACAUCAAUCAAACCAAUCCUUUUUUGAAUAUCAUCACUUUACAAUCACAUGUGAUAUCAAUGUGAAUGGA